AUCCGCUGGCUGCAGUAGUAAUUCGCCGGUUCGGGUGAAAUGUGUUCCACUGUUGUCGUCGGCCGAUUACACGAAACCGCUGUUGUCGGAUAAUAUAAAGACGUACUUACGAAACAAUUUUAAAAAAAAACCCACGUGAGUAUAUUAUUAUAUUACAUUAUUUGUAUAGAGUAGAAAUAAUAUUUAGACUUGCGGUCAAAGACGCGCUCGCGAUUACCGUUUCCGGAUUAUUUUAAAAUGUAUUUAUUUAUUAAUUUUUUUUUUUUUUCGUAGAAUACCUUUCGAUUUGAGUACUCCUAUAAAUAAAAUAAUUGUUCGAGUACAGAUACUUUUGAAAAGUGUUUGCAAAUACUUUCAAAUGCAUUUAUUUACAUUUUAUCACCAAUCGAGUUAAUAUGCGGGUUUCCUUUUUCUUUUUCUGAUUUGAUAAUUUUUCGUCAAAAUUUUCAAUCCGUUCGACGACUUCCGACGUAUAGUAUAAUUAUUAGGCGAUGUGCUUUGAUUGAAAAUACGGGAAACAAUAAUUCUAAAAACGACAAAAGUAUUUAAAUCGAAUGUUCGAAAAGGUACCUACUAAAAAUAAAUGGGAGUACUUUACAAGCCUAUUGGCAUCGUUAUACUUUCGUCGUAACGUUUUAUAGUGUUAACCACUGAUCCAAUCGUCAUAAAAUAAAGUCAGUAAUAUUUUUAACACCCGUGUGUUUGUAGAUUUAUCGUUUUUGAUUUUGUGCGUUUUUAACCACGUCGCGGUUUCCGAGAUCAUCCAUGAAUACUAUACAUACGUAUAAUCAUCAUUAACAGUAUACAAUAUAUUUAUAAUAGUUCGUGCCCGCCGACGCAUGUUUUUCGGCUAAAUUAUUAACUAUACCACCGAAUUUACUUAUAAGUUAAAAUAAGUGAUCACGAUAUUAAAUCGAGGCUGUGUCUUUCGGACAAGGAAUAUUUAAUAAUUAAACGUUUAUUAUAGACGGACUGCGGUGGUCUUCAUAAGGGUUUUACAUAAAAUAUCGUAAACAAAUCAUAAUAUUAUACGCAUUCUGUGAUCAACACAAUCCUUUUUUAGAGACGCAAAGAAAAUUGUACAACGGGAUUCGAGAAAAACGUGUAUCGAAUAAUAUUUAUUAUGAUAUACUAAACUGCUAUAUUACCCGGCUUUGCCCGUGUAUUGAACGAAAAAAAUAUUAAAAACUUAUCUCCCCGCGGAAACAAUUGAAUAUAAUAAAUAGAAAAGUACGCUCCGAAUCCAAAAGACCGAUACUGUCGAUAGGUGUGUCACUGCUUUAAAAGGGAAGUUAAGAGGACAUGUAUAUAAAUUAAUUUCAGUUAUAUCUGUACGCAACGAUAAACCAUUGCUUAAAAAAUACGAUUCCGAGCAAAGUAUUAUUAAUUAUAUUUUUUCCCUUGUUGCCGAUAUUUUAAACCAGAAAUCAAAAAAAAAUUCUACAAAAAUUGCCAGUUUUUCGCAUUUAUCCAAAAUUUAGCAAUUCAUAGGUACAUUACAUGUAAUGUAAUGAAAAACUGCAAAAAAAAAAAAAAAAAUGACAUCCUCAAACCUCAAAAGUCCUACAAAAAUUUCCUAUACAAUUUAUAAUUGGAGUAGGAUUUCUGGUAACAGCGUUGUUUACAAACACAUCAUAAUUAAAUCUAUAUAAUUCUAGCUUCGCUCAGAAUCUAAUAUAAUUGUUUUGCCGUGUAACCAAUGGAUACCAAAAAAAAAAAAGAGCAAAUGUUCGUUUUGGUUUGUUAAGGACAAAUUACUGUGUGAACCACCUUUGGUGGUUAAAUUUCCUAAUCAAACUGCUGUCUACAAACAUUCCUAGAAUAAAUUAAAACAAACCGUAACAUUUUCAGAAAAAUCGAUAAAGUAGUUUUUAGUCUUUAAACCACAAUCGUACACGCAUUGCCUUUUAUCGAAGACAGCAGUUUUACAGCAGUUAUUCUUUACAGUUUAUAUAUAUUAUAAUAUUUUAUUAUUUUAGAAUGCUACACGAUUUAAAAGUGUUAAAACAAUAUAUUGUGUUUAAAUUGGUAAAUGUCGCGAUUAAAUCAUAUAAUAUCAUAUGAUCAAAAAUAUGAUACAUGAAAUAGGUGUUCCGCGGAUUUUGAACAAAUAAAAAUAAGUAAACUUUCAUUUUUAAAUAAAAAACAUUUAUUUUUAAUAAAACAAAAUGCAUUAUUUUAUAAUAAUAUGUUGAUAAAUAAACAAAUCGAAUAAUGCUUACUGGUUUUAUUUUUCUAAAUAUUGAAAUGUUCAAUAUUUGACAAGAUUUUUUUAUCCAAUAAAAAAUAUCUAAAAUUCAAAAAACACGAACAAAUUGCAGUUCAUUUAUUCCAAUUAUCUAUAGGUAUAGAAAGACGUGAACCAGUCAUAUUGAUUGAUUUUUUUUUUUUUUUUGUUAUUUGAAUAUCGAUAUUUCUUUACCCCAAAUUAAAGAAUGAAUGGUUAUAAUAUUAUAAUGCAUUACUGAAAUCACAUCGAUUGUUGUUAUAAUAAUAUAGUUUUGUUAUUUUGGAGCAAAUAAAAAAUACACUACGUCUCUACUACACGCUAACAGCUAGGUCAACCACCUGCUAUACCUAAUAUUUUACGAUGCUAAUAAACUCUUAAGAUUAUUGAAGAUUAAAAAAAAAAAAAAAAACAAUUUUUGUAAAUAAUAAAAAAAAAAUGUCGAAUUACCAAGAAAAACUUUUUUUCCUUUUUAAACACCGAUGAAGUAUUAUAUAUGCACGGUAGUCCUACUACAGCGUUUCUAACACAAUUAAACCGUUACGUCGAAUAAUUGCAUAAAAAUAUGCGUAUAUGUAUAUUGAUAAAAAAUUUUACUGACAUUUUUUGUUUUUUUUUUGUCUACAAUGGUACAAUAUAAUGAUAAAUAAUACGCUGUACGUAUAGGAUUCACGGGUUAGUGACAUGUUUAAACGAUGAACGCGGACAAUUAACCGGUGUCAUAGCCAAGUGAUAUUAUUUAUUGUGUUUUAUUUUUUUUUUUUACGAAUUGUUUACGAAUCGUCUAACUACAUUCAAAAAUAACUGUUUACCUAUAUAUUAUGUACCAUAAUAUAUAAUAUGCAAAUUAAACCACAAUUAACAAUAGAUGUAGAUGGUUCAAUUUUUUUUUUUUUUUUAACCACGAAUUAAGUAUUUCAACCAUUUCUAUCACACGCGUGUAUGUAUAAUGCAGAUUGAUAAAAAUCGAGUUUUUUUUUCAUUGACAUUUCCCGGUUUAGAAUAGUAUAUUAUUGUAUAGCAUAUAAUAUGAUAAUAAUACAAAUCAAAUAUCAUUUAUGCAAAACGUAUUCGGGUGUUUUUGAUGAAUUUAUUGUUGGUUUUUACUAUAUGUGUUUUUAUAUUUGUUUUGUUGUAUCCGCGAAUAACUUUUCUACUUGAAAUAUUUUUCCGAUCUUCAAAUGUAGCCUUUUUUCUGAAAAAAAAAUGAAUCUAGUUGAUACAUUGAAGAAAAUAUAUUAUUUUUAUUUUCCUAAUAAUUGAGAAAAACCGGAAGUAAUCGUAGGAAAAACGAGAAAGUUUACGGUAAUAACGGUUUCAUUAUUUUCGUUUUUGAUUAGAGAGUUCAAAUUUUCACGAAAUACUUAUAUUAGCCUUUUCUGAGCAUGAUCAAAUUUUCAAACCAUUUCGAUAAUUAUUAAGCACUUUAUUUGGAAUGUUCAAGUCUCUUUAGUUUUUAUUUGGUUUUAUGUGAACAAAAUAUUUUUGGCCGAACAUAUAAAUGAUUGAACAUGCUAAUCGGAGUUUAUGAAAAGUUGUACUUAAAGGUUUGAAAAGUAGAGCGUAAUCUAGUCGUUUUUAUAAGUUCAAUUAUUUUGUUUGUAAAUAAUUAAGUUCAAAUUUUAACGAAAAUCAUAAAAAUCACGGCUUUUCAAAACAUUUAUCGUUGCGUACAGAUAUAUUUAAAUCUGUACUGCUGGAAAAAAAUAAAAGACUAUAUCAUUAUAUUCAAAUAUAUUACCUUCCUAUUUAAAUUUAAUAAAAUCUUUUUUCUAUAGUAUUUUGUGAACCAAAGUCAUUCAUAUCGUCUAAAUCAACAGUAUUUAUAUACCAUAAAUAGGUCUUCAAUUUUUUUUUUUUUUUUUUUUUAAUGUUGUGAUUUCUUUGUGAUAUAUUUACAAUUAAACGUACGUUAUGUCACGUAUCAUAAUAACCAUCAUCAUAUAGAACUUUCGAAGUGUAUUUUGAAUUGUGUGAUACAAAAUUAUUUUAUUUAAAACAUUUCAAUAUGUUUAAUUUUAGGAUCCUAUAAUUCUCUGUUAAUAGAAAUAAAAUAACCCCUGCCAUUAUCUAUAGCCCUGUAUUAGACACAUGCCAACCUUGCCUGUACGUUAAUCCAGCCAGUGACGUGCACAAGAAUUUUAAAUGGGAAGGGCGGUCCAGACUUGUACUUUGCAUGGUUUGAAAAUGUUAAUUUUAAUAGUAAUUAAUUAAUUAUAAUCGUAGAAUAUUAUUAAGUCUAAAUUUCUUUAUUUUCAUGCUUGCUAUUGAUUAUAAUAAAUAUAUAUAUAUAUAUAUAUAUACAUAUUUUCCUGAUCAUGCUAGCCAUGUUUGUACCCAACAUUGUACAAAUGAUUAUAAUAUAUAAUAGUCAAAUUUAAUAUGUAACAGUGUAACGCGGUUACGUAUAUCACUAUAGGGAUACUGCAUGACUACACAUAAUCGAUCUUGUUUGUACGUGUAUUUUUUAUUUCGAUACGUAUAUCGCAUAACUACAUCCAAUGACGGAAAUCGGGAGAGGGAGGGUUGAGGGGUCUAAGCCCAUUCGAAACAUAUAAAACAUAGAAAUUAUUCCCCCUCAAAUUACUAAUUAAUGAUCUUACUGAUAACUGAUUAAUUCGAGGGGGCAAAUAUAUCUGUUUAUACGUUUUAAGUAGGCUUAGACCCAUCAAGUCCCUUCCCCCUAGAUUUCUGCCAAUGAUGGCUACAUCCCCGAUAGUAAUUUAAUCAUCGUGUUUUUAAUUCAUAUUUUAUUCGUAAUUUAAAAAUAAUAAGGAACAUCAAUUUUUUCCUAACUAUGUAGUCAAUCGAUCUGAAUGAUCUUUGUGGGAGCAUAUUGUAUUAUAUUAUAAUUUUAGAAUAACGGGUGUACGAAAAUCGUGCGAUUAUAACGGUAAGUAAUUGAAGAUUUCGUUUAGAUAAACUCAGAUGAAUAAAUUAUUUAAAUAUUUCAAAACCUAAUUAUGUUUCUAGUAAACAAAUGCGUUACAUAUUAAUUAAUAAAAAAAAAAAACUGAAAUACAAGAAACUUGCGAGCGUUAAAAUUCUCAAAAAUCUACACAUUGUUAUACCAAUACAAUAACAUACGAAGUAUCGUCGCACGGAGAAAUUAAUCGAACAUCAUUUCAUAUCAUAUUUUAAAUACCUACAAGUAGAUACAUUUUUCGGGAAAUCGUAGAAAACAAAAAUAACACUUUCUAUACACGAAUUUCAAGUUGUAUUAUGCCUCAUCCUUGUGGUAUGUGUUCGUCUUCAAACUCUUGAUUUACAUUAUUUUUAUUAAAGAAACGACAAAACUCUCGGUCAAGAUUUGUAUAUGAGAUAGUAUACUCGUAUUUUAUUAUAUUCUUUAUAUUCGGGUCGUUAACUCAUCCUGUUAUAUAAAUUGCAAUAAUAUACUCGUAAUGUAAACUGUCUGGUUGAUGCGUAAAAAAAAUGUUUAUUUCAAACGGAAUAUUUUAUCCAUAAUAUCUAAACGUGUUUGGCUCGCCUAUAGCUGGCAUAAUAAUACUGGCAUCGUCGGUCACUGAUUUCGGCAUGAUGGCUGAUAUUUGGCGAACAGUCAGGCUUUCGAACAAAUUACAAUUGUUGGUAUAAAAAAAAAAAAAAAACUAUAUAAUAAACAAAUUAUCAUUCGAUUUUAUUCGCGGUGGGUGUUAUCGGCAAAAGUUUAAAAUAUAUACUCGUAGAAGGUCAACGAACCUUGCGGGUCUCAAACUCAACCGCUAGCUACGUAUAGGUAAGAUAUCCGGAGUACAUAAACAACAAUUAAUUGAACUACCAGUUUAACUGCAUUUAUUCAUUUAAAUUGUAAUUGUUUGUGUACCCGUGAUUUAUAAAAAAAACGGCACGUGCCCUCAAUGCGCUGGUACCUGUUACAAACUGUUGUAGUGUCGCGUUUUAUAAUCCCGGGCAUAAGCGGAAAAUCUUUCCCGAUGUAGGUAUCUUUGGUUCUCGGAAAAUAAUUAAGACAAUUUUUUUUUUUUAUGAUUAUGCCUUAUAAUAUAUUAUAAUUUUUUUUGGACUGAAUAAAAUAAAUGUAUGUAUUUUCAAAAUCGUAUUUGCUUGUAUUGAAAACUACUUUUGAAAUGGACUUAAUUAUUUCGUCCUUGGGACCUGCACAUAUAAAUAUACAUUUAAAAAAAAAAUAUUUUGUAUUUUAUAGCCUAAUAUAUAUGAGACAUGAAUAGCUGAUAGGUACUGACUAAUAGCUUAAGUUAAAUUGAAUACCAACAGACAAAAAUCUGUACAACAAGACUGGACACCCUGUAGAAUAAUAUCAACACUAUAAUAUAUGCACGACAUAAUAAUAUUAUACAGUGACGUGUGUAUACGAGAACGGAACGAUUUCCAACAGUUACGGUCACGACCCGCGGUUUUGAAGGUACCUACUACCUACUACCUAUAAUAAAUAAUACUUUAAGUGAGAUUUGGCUACCUAAUAUAUGCGUAUACGUGAAGACUGGUUCAAAAUGCAUUAAUAUACAUACAUAUAUAUAUAUAUUUUUUUUUCUAUCGCGUGUAUGCUUAUUUGAAUAAUAUACGAUUUGAACUACUGCCACAAACUCUGCAGUCUGCACGUUGCAUGCGCAGAGUUUGAUUAGAUUUUUAGGCAGGUAAGUGAGUACCUGGUCGAUAUAAUAAUACAAACAUCGUUAUACACUAUAUAUAAUAAUAAAUAAUAUAAUCGAGUUUUUUAAUAACUGUAAUUUUCGCUGAGAUCAAAAAUCACAAAAUACUAGUGUACCUACAUAACGUUAUUGACGUUUUCGAAAAGAACAUUUAAAAUUAUAAUACGUAUACACUGUGCGUCGAUAUAAAAAUACCAUCGUACUGUUUGGUGUGUACCUAAAAUAUAUUAUUAACAAAUUUUUUCUGGACCUUCAAAAUUGUAUUUAACGGUUUAUACGGUUUAUUUUGUAAUUUUCGUACCGUUUUUAUAUACGUAUUAUGCUGAUUUCUGAUCUUAAUUCUAAGUCGACAGGUACUUGUUAUACGAUAUUUAAUGCAUUAUUAGUUACCUUACCUAAACGCUUAUCGACAUAAUUUUAUUAUAUUGGAUAUAGAUUAUGCAAUUGAAACAUAUUUAACCUACAGUUGUAAAAAGUAAAAUAAUUUCAAUUAAAUUAUUAUAAUAAGUCAAUAAAAAAACAAAUAUUAAAUUAAUUGUUGAAACCAUAUAAUGAUAUAUAGUACGUGAGAUAAUUUUAUACAGUACCUAGGUAUAUAAAUUAACUCUUGCCCUUCAGUUUUCAAUACUCAUUUGAAUUCAAUGUUUAAUAAAACAAUUAUAAUAAUAUACUUAUAUUAUUUGUAUUUAUUAAUAAACAAAUAUGUUUUGAACCGAGGACUAUAAAAUAUAAAAUAUUCUGCACUUAAAUCCAUCAGUACUAUUAUUUAUACAUUUUCCAUAAACCUGCAAUACGGAAAUUAUUAAAUGCAGUAACUAUAGCUAAUAUAAUACAACAUAGUUUAUAUGUUAAUAUGUGUGAAAUGUAUAAUAUUAGACUUAGUAAUAAUAAGUAUAAUUAUAUCUAGAGAUACCUAAUUAAAAACAAUAAUUUGAAUUCUUCCUUGUCUGAUAAGAUUGAAACGCAUUUGUUAUAUUAGUCCUAAAUAAUUAUAUUAUUUUAAAAAUCCGUAUGUGUCCGUAGUGAAACGUUUUGUCAUUUUUUUUUUUUUUAUGUAAACACAAUUUUUCUAUAGGUACUUGAAUUAUUUUUCUAUAUAAUUGUUUUUAGUUUUACACUAGCAAGAACUAAAAAUUCUGUAUAUUCAUUAAUAUUUCUUUCAAUGACCUAAAUUCGGUCAAUCCUGCGGGAUUGUACAUUUUUAGUAUCCAAAUUUCCACUAAAUAAAUGAUUACCUAUUUUAUUAUAUUUUUUUUCACUUAUUAUCGAUACUGUUCGUCAUUAAAAGCACCUACAUGUCCUGCAUGUAUAAAUAAUUAUGCAGGAAAAAAACAUCUAAUCAAAACAUCGAAUUCCAAUGGAAAACUAUAAAAGUUGUGAUCAUUUGAAAAUCUAAUUCGGUAUUUAUUUUUAAACAAACAGAGGAUAGCAUAAAAAUCAGUGUUGGUUUUAUUUUCGGCACGCUAUUUGGCAAUGAACACUUUUCCUAUAGCGCCCUUAAAAAAUAUAUUUUUUACAACACACUGAAAUUUUAAACAACACAAUUUACAUUUUGAAUUGCACAAUUUGGAUUCUAAAAAAUAUCACUUUAGACCCUAUUGAGUGUAUACUGUGGAACAGGGUUAAUAUUUUGAAAAAAAAAAACUGUUAUUUUACCAUGUUCUAUAAGAUUAUGAUGUCCCCUUAAAAUUUAAAAAACAUUCUUACUUUAUCUGAAAGUUUGCCACUAAAAUAAUAAGCAUAGAAUUUCUAUAAAUAUGUCUAUUUGACCAUUGUAUUUGUUUCAUAUUUAACUUUUCCCACAAUAGACGCCUUACUCAUAAAACUUACAUUUCAAUAAUUAAAAAAAAGAAGAAGUAUUUAUAGAUAACCUUUAUUUUAUCAAUAACCAAACGUUAUAUAAGCAUAACCAUUAAUUUUGCUUGAUUAUAAUAUUUUAGUAACUUAUAGCCAAAGUAAUGACUAAAAUCGUCAAAAUAACUUGUUUAUAAAAUACAGUAAUCUAGCUAUAUCACAAUUGUUGGUUGUUCGACAAAACACGCUUAUUAAUUUGCGGAAUCAUUGAUAGAUAUAUUGUUACAGAAUAAUUAUUACUAACAGGAAAUCACCGUGAGUCACAGUCGUGCUAUGCAUAAUUGGAAAACGUAUAUACUAAUGAAUCCAAAUUGAAAAUAUCAUAUUUUUUUUGUAUUUGUAACCUUAAAAAACUGGCAGCUGAGUCGGGACAUGAGAUUCGUGUGAUGUUAAUCCUAAGACAUUAAGGUUCCUAAAAGAUCUAUGAAAUAGACGGACACAGCACAUAUACGGGUACCAAAUCCUCUUAACGUGUUCGAGUCAAUGAAAACUAUUUUCAGGGUUGAGAUUUUAUAGCAUUUGUAAAAUUCCUAUGAGAUACUUAAGAAAUAGCAGAGUAAGCUAAAAGAACGUUUCGUGAUACUCAUAUUAAAAAUUAUGUUUUGCAUAUUUUGUGAUUUUUAAAUUUUAGUGCUAUUUUUGGACAUUUUAAGACCGUUUUGCAUUUUUACCAGUUUUUGAAUCGAAAUUGGACAUAUUUUAUGAAAUUAUAUUUCUGUCAACAUCUAUAAAUUCCUGCCAGUCAAAUUGUCAAAUUAAUUACGCCGCGCCGUUCCUAGUAUUUCGUAUUAUUUGGUUCUAAUUUUAAACUGGUUAUUUGUUGAUUUUGUUGAGGUUUUUUCUGUCAAUAUCGACUGCGAUUAUUAUCGAACAAGUGUUUUAUUUUUUUUACAGCCCUCCGGGUUUCUGAUCACAGUGACUAAAUGAUUUCAAAACUUAAGUAUCUGACUACCUAUAAUAAUUUGUAAGUGGUUAAUAGAUUUCAGUUGUUUUUUUUUUACAUAUUUUGUUAUUUUUAGCGCAUGUUUUUAGCCCAUAUUUACGCGUACUUAAGGUCAUAUUUAUGCAAUUUCAACCCUGCUGACUAUAAUUAUGCACUAGUUUUUUUUUUUUUUCUGGUAGGUGGAUAUUUGCAGCAUUAAAACUUGAACAAUAUAUGCUUGUACAGUAUAGAAAAUUUUGAUUUAUUUUUCGAACAAACCCAUGUAGGUAUAGAUACCAUGAACAGCAUUCGCUUGUAUAUAUUAUACACAGCGCCGUAUCAUAAUAGUCAUAAUAUAAUAAUGAUAAUAUUGUAAACAUUAGGUAGAAGAAAAAUUAAAUAAAGUACAUAUAUAUAUAUAUGUAACAUAAAGAUUCUAAUAUUCGCGUUCGUAAUCUGGAUCACGGAGAAAGUCUUUCGGUAUAAUACGCCACUGUGGUCUGUAUACUCGUAUAUCAAAUACUUAUGCGAUAUAAUAUCAUAAUUUCCUCGCGGGACAUCGAAAAUAUUAGUACUUAUGUAUACUUCGCUUACUAUAGCAGAAUUACCAAUAAUAAGUAAUGCAGCUGAUUGCUCCGACGUCGUUUAUACGAAUAUCCGACGAAAGGUCUUACAGGUCAUCCAUACGAAAACACGUAGGUACCUACCUAUAUGUACUUGAUAUAAUAAUUUUACUCACGAAUCGGGGUUUUUUUUUUUUUUUUAGAACAUUUUGUUUUUAAUGAUUUCCAACGAAAUUCCAGGUUAUUCUACAGAAAGCUGUGUGCGCAGUUUCAACGUGUCUAAAUAUGCGCGUGUCUGUGUAUAUUUGAUAUCUACCGUGUUCAUCUUGAUGUGUAACAGUCACGAAUAUCGUGCGUGCCUAUAUUAUAACCCUGUAUAUUAUAAUAUACAGGUGCGUGCGCGAGCCUAGUUGCAAAAUAGGUUUUUUUAUUGUCCGUAAAGAUUUAAUAAUAAUAUAAUAAUAUCACUUUUUCUAUCGCCGCCGCCGCCGUUUUUAUCUACAUCAUGGUCGUGUAGAAAUACACACAGUUUUAAAUUUUUAGAAAAAUCUAUGAAAAAUUAUUUUUGAUAGUGACAGUACGAUACGAAAUAGAAAAAACUACCAAAAGUAUAGAUAUAUAUUAUACCAAUUUAUUAUUUCACGGUUCGUUAUCCGCGAUGAAACUAAUAAUAUUAUUAUAUUCUCCCGGUGGAAAUCGUCCGAGACCUCGACCAAACUAUUGAUAGAUCCACUAUCUGAUGGCUAAAAAUCUGCAGUCCAUCUAACCGGUUAAAUGUUUUAACAGUCCUACAAAUGAAAACAAGUUAGGAACUAAACGGGCGUGCUAAGUUCUCAGUUUCUAAAUGUAUUCUAAACAACAAAUUAUAAUUUUGAAAGAAUUUAAUAACCAAAUAGGUAUAUUAAACUUAUGAUGCGUAGAAACCGGAACAAGUUAAAAAUCUCAAUUUGUGAAUAUUUGAUAGGACAUUUUUAAAAUUCUUUAAGUAUUAUAAUCAUGUUUUGAUGCCUACUUUUUGUUAUUGGACUUAAAAUGAAACAGGUAUACAAUUAUAACAUUAUUUUUAUUAUUAUUAUUAUUAUAACUAUUAGUUAUUUAUUUUAUUUAAUAAAUUAUUCUAACAAAAAUACCGUUUCCACGGACGACGCGACGGUGAAAAUUCUUAAGAAAUGUCAGCUGUAAGUACACAGCCACGGCCUGUACCUAUAUAUUAUAUACUGCCGUUCUACAGAGGUCGGGGACCAAGCGAUUUAUGAUGUUUUUUUCAUUUAUUUAUUAAUUUCCACGAGCCGUAAUUUCGUUCGACUCUACCCGCUGCUGUAGAAGGACCUUGAUUGAUAUGAUUAAAAUUAUACACUGUUGCUGGAAAAGCCGCAAAAUUACACGUUGGGUGCCGCCAAAAACCUUGAUGCGAAAUCGGAUUAAAAGUAAAACGAUACAGUUGAGCAAUACGAUCGUGUCCUACCUGACCCUAUUUUCGCCCUUAUAAUUCGAUACUAAUCCCAUUUACUCCUUGCCUACGGUUUGAUUGUAAAACAUAAAAAUAAAACAACACGUGCGCCUUACCACGAGAGAUGACGUGUAUAAUACCGUCGUCCAAUAAAUUACACAGUCGAAGAUGAUGCGGCAUCACGAUUUGAGCCGAAGAUUUAUCGCGAAACACCAUGAUCAUAUUAUUAUUAUACCAUUUAUUUAAUUUUUAUGCUUACCUUACACUGUUUUUGUCUAUCAAAUAUUACGAAAUUUCGAUUCUCCCCCAAUUAAAUAAAACGCAUUGAGCAAGUGAGUAUAAUACUUAUAUAGGGUGCUAAAAUAUGUCUGGCCUUUUACGUUAUUUUAUAUCAUCGCAUAAAUAAUUCUAAUGAGGACAAAAAACACGUUAAAGACUCGAGUAACGUGACUAAAUGUCAAUACCGUUAAUUGGGUUCACACCGAAGUGCCGAGCGAAUAAUUGUAUUGUCCUUAUGACUCUAAAUCACAAACCCAUUGGAUUAUAUUAAUAAUUAUAAUGUCAUCACCGAACAAAAUUUCUAUUAGCUCAGUCUUUAUCGUUUCAAUCAACAGAUAUUCUCGUUUGAUUCGUUAAGCUAUAAUAAAAUUGUGUUUUUCUUCCGUUACGCCCAUUUAUCCAAGGACCAUAGUAUUUUAUUUUAAAGUUAUAAUAAUUUAUAAUUUUAAUUUUUUUAUUUUAGUAUUACCUAUUUAUCUUUUCCCUGUAAUGUGAUCUCGUAAAUUCUUCGAAAAUAUAUAUUUAUACAUUACUUUAAUAAUUAAUUCCAUAUAAUAUGAUAAUAUUAGGUUAUCGUACCCUCUUUUAAGGAUUUAAUUUUGGUAAUCCGACUUCAAGGUACACACGGACCCGUUCAUCCGCUUCUGUGCGUAAAUUAUCAGACCUUUACAUACGAUAGAUUCGGCUGUAGAUCGUACUUAUCUAUACAUACAAACAAAAUAAACACUUCCUUUUAUUAUGACUAACGAAAACUAAUUUUUCAUUAAUAUUCAAUACAGACAUUCAAUUAUAUAAUUAUAUACAGUACAAAAGGUUCAAUACUCAAUAAUUAUUAUUAUGGAAGAUGAUUAUAAUACAAAAUACGCAUAUUCUGUAUUUUUAUGAUUUUUGAACGGUUUCCGAUAAAUUAAAAAAUGAAAUAUUUAAACAUAUUUUUUUUUUUUUAUGAAUUGGUGUACAUAAUACAAAAAAAAAUAAAAAUAAAAAAUGCGCAUAAAAAAAUUAGACAUUGCAAAUCAAUUAUUAUCGUUUGAUCAUAUGCGGUUUUGUGUACGUUUUUUUUCCUUUUUUUGUACAAAAUAUUUUAUUUUAUGCCUAAUGUGCUUAUAGAUAUUAUCGCUCGAACUAUAAUGAUAUUUAUAUACGCGUGAAAAUUAUUGCUUAUUCUAGCAUGAUGUUUGUUGCAUGUGUAAGUGCGAGAAAGGACCAUGUAUAGGUAUGAACGUCUUUUUACCCGCGUCGCAUACGCUGUACACUAAAAUAAUAAUAAUAAACAAUAAUAUAUUAUUAUACGUGCUUUUUAACCGAGGUUAGGUCUUAACCCAGACUUCCACGAGAAGUUAGCCGUGAUUUAAACUUCUGUGGGUUUAUAACCGAGAAGAUAUUACGGUUGAAUUUGUAAAUUUACCACACUUGCUCCGCAGAUACUUGCGUUCAAUUUACGAAUUACUGAUUCGGUUGAAAAAUCAAAAUCAUUUCCCGUCUAACAGUUCUACACAAAACGUAGCUCGUUCAACUAGUUAAUUAGUCAAAAUAGGUGUUAUCCUGUACAAUUAAGGAAACACAGAAAUACAAAAAUUAAAAAUAGCCAAAAUUCAACUGUCAGCUCCCAUAUAGAAAAUUAAAAUGUAUAAAUCUGGUUUCGAUAAUCUGGAUACAUCGUAUGUAUCGGACUUUCAUCAGAUAUUUUAGAACACUACACCAAAAACGUGCUAUACUAUUUGUCGUAGAACCGAUGAUAAUCAUAUUAUGUAGUCAUCAUUUGUUUUUGUUUUAAAUCUUCACACUCCACUCAAAAAUGUAAUUACCAAAAUAGAUUUCAAAAAAAAAAAAAAAAACAGAUUAACUUUAUCGUGUACUUUCCCGGUAUAAGCGUUCAGAACAAAUAUUAGUUAUUUUGUCUUGCGAUUAAAUUCAUUUAAUUAUUUAAAGACAUUCUAUGAAUAAACAUUUUUACCAUGCGUUUACAUCGCAAUAUUUUUACUGCAAACAUACCAGUUCAAUUGCAGUUGUUGUCACGAUGUAAUACGGUAUUAUAAACAAGUGAUUCUCGUAUAGGUAUUAGGUAUUAUACAGUAGUGGCAGAUAUUUUCACUAUUGUUUUGUCCAAAGCGUUUUCUAUUUCCGUGUGCCAAUAUAAGCACGACUAUCGAUGUAUAAUAUACAUUGUACGUAGUCGGUAUAAAUAUCUACAGGCAGUACAAAAAUAAAUAAGCAUCUCGUAGAAACGCAGAAACGAUGACACGCCGUCGUGUCACGUCCUCAUCUUGAAUUUAAACCACGAUAAGCUCAUGUUAUUAAAUUAAUAUUGUAAUAAAAAAAAAAAACGCAUUUGAUCGUAAACGUCGGCGAACGACGAAAAAAGUAUCUAAUAUAAAUACUCAUAUCGUACCGUUUUCAGUUAGUCACGUGCGUUUUGCUCCAUCCUCCGUACAAACGCACAAACAAACUGGGAAUUAUGCAUCAUAAAAAGGCAAUCUCACGUGGCUAUCAGAAAGUGUCUCUGAAAAGUGAUGAAUAAUUAGUGGUCACACAGUUUUCGGAUUUACCAAAUGAUUAUUCCAUUGGAUAUUAUAGUCUUGUCGUCGGUCAGCAUACGAAAAGCGAAGAUAUCUCAUAGUGAAAAAAAAAAAUCAAAUCAAUUUUAUUAAUACUUUUCUUUAACAUUUCGAUCGUUCCUCAAAUUUCACAACGAAUCGCCCGCCGCUGUAAAACGUCUUCGCAGUGACUUUAACGGCCGACACUAAGUUGACGAUAUCGUUAAUGAUAUUUAUUAUUAUUGCGCAUCAUCUUUUUAGAACUCCGAUUGUCUGGAGGCGAGGCCAGUGUUUUUUUGCAGCGGUCACAAUUUGUACAAUAUAGAAGGGGGAAAGUGGUGCAGAAUCAUAUUAAAACACUUAAAACAGAAUAAAAUUAAUUUGCAAAGAAAUGUUAGUAACGUUUUAUAACAAAAAAAAUAUAAAAAAGAAAAACUUAACCAUACUAUUUUGCCUCUUAAACAGGAUUGCCCCUCUUUCCUCAACGUCCGAUCACAGACAUUGUCGAUAAAUUACUUCUAUGUGUCUGAUUAUAAUAGAUGUAGGUACCUACUAUUUUAAAAUGAUAGUAAUCAAUUUUAUAUACCAUCAGCGCUAUACAUUUUUUUAAAUGUUUUAUAAAAUAAUAUAUAACGUGUCAUUAGUAUAAUUGUAAUUAUACAUUUUACACCGUAAUAUUAUUCAAAUAUUAGAAAAUUUAUUUGCUGAUGCGCACAUCCGAUUAUUAGAGCACAGAUAUACUAGCGUACAGAAAAAAGUAAAAAUCUAGAAUAAUCUCCAGGUAGUUUGAAUUCGAGUUUUUAUAAUUUAUUUACCUACUUUUGUAUGCAUAGAGAAGACAAUGCGUAUACAUGUAUAAUGCAUAGUAACUACUCUUCCGUUUCCAUUAUUAUUACGUAGAUAUUUUAUGAUUCCCAUUGUAACGAAACGCAAAUCUAGAGAACGUGAUAGGAAUAUUUGUGUUUAACUUGUGAUAUUUUUACCAUUAUUGUCAGUAUAAUUUUCACAUGGUAUCUAGGUACAUUUUUUUAAAUUUGUUUAUAACUUUUAAACAUUUAUUGAAAAAAAAAUCCUUUAGACUGUUAUGUUAUAAAAUUAUCGUCCUACAAUUCUACAAAACGUAUAUAAUAUUAUUAUAAUUUUAAUACAUUUUAUUGAAUUAGAUAGUAAAAAUUGGAGAUCAAAAUUAUUGGUUGUUUUUAAUUGUGUAAUUGUGUAAUUGAGUUUAAUGUGUAAUUAAAUUCAUUAGAGUAAAUUAGAAUUGUCUUUUAUUAUUACUGAUUGUCGUUAUGGAAAAUUAUUAACGUUAUAAUUUCCAAAAUUGUAUCGUUUUUCAUAUACCUACGUAAAUUAUAUCAGCUAAUAAGCUGAUUCUAACUUUCGAUCUUUAAGCGGAAAUUUUUAAUUUUUAAAAAGAUUAUUUAAUAUAUAAUAGUAUUACCAAUAUUGGUCUAAUGGUUUAUGAAAAUACAAAUAUUUAUUAUAAAAGUUUAGACUAGCGGAACGGGUACAAGCAUAUAGAUUUUAUGCUAUUUAUUUUUAAAUUAACCUACUUAAAUAUAUAUUUUUUGAACACGUUUUAUAAACUGUUUGUCCAAUAUUUGAUUUAUCAUUUAUAGUAGAAACGGUUGGUAUAAUAUUAGGUACCUAUCUAAAAAUGCAUAAAAUAAUUCCUUCAAAAAUUAAAAUUAUCCAUCAACUAAAGAGAAAUACGGGAAGAAAAAAUGAUAUGUACGAAGGAAAUAAAUAAGAAAAGAGUGGAAAGGUAAAACCGAAAAAGAAAUGAUAUGGUUAGAUACGAUUGAGAAUGCGAUUCAAAAGAAUUGCUGGUCUAGCAUUAUGAAAGCUAUGCAAACUGCAGAAACUUAUCAAAUUCCCUUUAAACCUGUAGAAACUCAUCAUAAUUAGUAAAUAUAACCUUAUGUGUACAUUAAUUUUAUAAUAUAUUAUUAUAUUUGUGAGUCACUAUUAUAAUAUGCAAGUAGUAAGUAUGACGCCGAUAAAAAAUAUCAAGAGAAGAACAUAUUAUUAAACACUAUAAUACUAGUGGAAAAUGUAUGACGCAUGUAUUAAAUCAUACGAUAUUGGGUUUUUUAAUUAAUAACCAACUAUUGAGAUAUAUGAGUUUAACGUGUUUCAGAGUAUAAAAUACUUAAACAAUUUAAAAUAAUCUAAGAGUUACAAGAGUAAAUAUUCAUAAGUUUAAUUUUUAUAAGCUAAACAAAAUGUUAACUAGAUAAAUUGUGUGAAAUAUAUUUAUUACAAUGUUUUGCACAAAUCAAUUAUUCAAUAUAGUUUAAUGCAGUAUCGGAUGGUUGGGCAGAUAAUGUGCUGAGAUCUUUAAAAAUACAAUAAAAUCUUGCAGUAAGAAUACCUGUCUUAAAAAAAAAAAAACUAUUUAAAAUACUCUGUAGUUUCUAAUUGAAAAAAAACUAAAAGAUUUACCAAUAUAUGUAUUACCCUACGCCAUAUAUUCAAUCAGUCUAGUCAAAUUAUUUCUAUAAAAAUGUAAACUAACGCGAAAAUUACAUUCGUGUAAGGUACCAGUGAAAAUAAACAUUUUGGAAAAAAUGUUUGGAUUUUUUAGGUUUGUUUAACUUGAUUAAUUCAAUGUCGCUGUUUCUGAAGAAUAAUAUUUUCAAUAAUACAUAAAUAUAAGUCAAGAACUUUAAAUUUAUAUUGAUGAGAAAUUUUACAUUAAGAUUUUAAGUGUAAAGUAAAUUAUUGUGUGAAUUAGUUAUAAAACUAAAUAAUACUUUAAAUGUAAGUAUAAUGUAUUUUUUAAUUGGACGAAAAUCACGUUUGGCAUUAUAAGAAAUAAUUAUCUAUUCCAAACGUAUAGGUUUUCAAAGGGAAUACAAACAUAACGAGUUAUAAAAGAAAUUACCUAUAAGUAUACUAUAACAUGCUACCUAUAUUACUUCGACAAUUUUCAAAAGGAAGUAUAAACGAGUCGAGAUAAAAAUAUUCCCGACGGUAAAAGUGGAAUGCGCGGCGUGUAUAAUAUUAAGAAAUGUCGGUAUCGCGGGUCGGAUCGGUUUGGCCAAUCCGAACGGCUUAAGUCGGUUCACCGGUCAAACGGUGCGGGAAAUAUUUUACUCGAACGGCGUGUUAUAUUUUAUUAUGUAUCGGUACAGCUAGGUAUCUACCUGGUAUAUGUAUAGGUACAAGUAUGUGAAAUCCGUCGGCAAUGAGGCCUUACCGAUUAUCGUCACGGUGUAAAAGCCGUAAGGUCGUGUAAAGUCGCCCCGGAGACCAUUAAAAUCACGUCGGCCGAGACAACAACAGCAAUAAUAAUAAUGGCGGAACGGUUUCCCACGAAAGCCGCCGCCGUGCCGCGGGAAGUUGAGAAGUCGCUCACGAAGUGAGCACCAGCGUUCGUGUGCACGUGGCUGUACUUCCGUCCGUUAAACGCCGUUUAUUAGAAACUCGGUUUACAAAGGAUUUCGUCGGACGCGUAAUACUAGUAUUAUAUUAUCCUGGGUCGGGUCCGACGACGAUCGUUAAUCGUAAUAGACGUAAUUUUUUUUCUUCUUCUAUAGGUGUAUUUUAAUAUACGAAGAAAAUAUAUUACACAAUCGAAUGCAUUUCGGUGUUUUUUGGGGGGAGGAGGGUGAUUUUAAAUUAUUUUUGUCAAACGCUUUAUAGAUGAACGGUCUUAAAUAUACAUUAUAGAAGUUUUUUUAAACUGAAAAAGUGUAAACAACAAUAAUCUACUAUUUUCAAAAAGAAUUGCAAAUAUAAUUCUUCUUCUGGUUCUGGCUGUAAAAGUUGUAUUAGCCACCACUACAAUAGCACGUCACAUAUCUCGCACAAAUUCCGUCCGAUUCACUACAUCCAACGUUCUCAAAUCGUCUUCUUAACCUACCGUCAAGUGUGGCCUUUUCUCUUGAAUCACCUUAGAGCGGUUCAAUUUAUUUUAAACGCAUAUACAAUAUGUCCUUACCAUUGAAUCCUAUGUCCCUCGAUAAAUCUAGUUAUUGAUACCGUAUCCAUCUGCAGUAACCUCUGUUAAAUCUCUUUCGCCGGCUUCUUGUGACCAUAUCAAGUACAGGUUUUCCUAUGUUUUAACGUACGGACGUAAAGCCAGAGCAAUGACGAGCUUAACGAAAUACAUUUCAGAAAUUUAAUUUUAAUAAAUCUAGAUUUCUAAAUAUUUCGAGAAUUAUGUUUGCAUGGUCAACUAUUUGUCUGUUAUUCCAACAAAUCUACGGUUUUAUUUUGAUCUUGAUGUAACUUUGUACACUCGACAUUCAAAACAAGAGAAAGAUUGCUGUCUACUUUUCAUAUAGAAAUUAAACUCCUAAUAGGUGACUAGCACAGGGUUUUUGAUAUUUUUGGAACAAAUUACUUUUGUUGAACUAAGUGUUAUACCUUAGCCGCACGAAUGGAAAAAAAGUUAUUAUAUGAUUCGGUUGUCACAGCUCACAGACAAGGAAGUAUCCUUUAUAAAAGAUAGAAAUUACCGGGAAACGAUUAACUUGGAUAGGGAUAAUAUUGGUAACUGAGAGACACGUUAAAUUUAAAAUCUUUUAUUGAUCUCUGUUUUUGAAAAGAUUGAGCUCAGGAAAUACAGGGCUGGUCAAUUAUAUUAAAAAUAAAAAAAACUAGUCGAGACCUGUUAUUAUUAUAUCGUCGUGGUGUCUGGCAUCGUGACGUUAACGCGAAUCGAUGACAAUAUUAUUAUUACAUUAUUAUGUUUGUCGAUACGACAUCUGUUUACAAUAUUAUAUUGUCGUCGUCGUGAUUUAUAACAGCUUCUGUAUCAAGAACUGCGCACCAACCAAGGUCCGGUUGAUCCUAAAAUCACGAUGCGCAUUUAUACCGCUGCGAGUGUACAAUUUUUUUUUUUUCAUCUGUAAAGACGAAAUCGUUAUUGACACCUGCAAUGGACUGUGUCGAAACGGGCGCGCGUAGUGUAUUGACGAUAUAAAAAAUUAUUCAUCACAAUUUAUUUUUUUUAUUAAAAAAGAAAAGAAAAAACCUCACGUCGAUCAUAAAUAUAAUAAAAUAAAAAACGUGUGAACGCUUCGUGGCCAUCAUUAUGUUGUGAUUUUAAAUCGAAUUUUUAUUUAAAAAAAAAAAAAAAAUACCGAUAAUAAUACUAUGUACAACGGUUGUGAAUUUAGCGACACGCUAAGUUUUAUUUUUCUAUUUUACGAGCACAGCACGAAAACUCGAGUUGUCACGGCGAGAAUAAUUUAAUAAUAUAUUAUCCUAAUGAUAAUCCGAUCAAAAAAACUGAUAAAAAACAAAUUUAUAACUAUGGGUUUUUCGAUACUGGAAUAACAGGUAAUUCGAUGAUAAUAUAUUUUAAAUCGAUAACCAUAUCACGUAUCACUUUAUUCGGAAGUUUGUUCGCUAAUUAACUAUCUGGCAAAUAACUGUGCAAUAAAUUAUGCGUUAUUUAUUACACGUUUAUAUUUAUUUUUUUUAAAUAAUUGAUGUUUUCCGUUGGAAUUCGAACGUAUCUUUACAUCUUCUAAAUAUAUGUAAUGUACACAAAAAAGUAAAAAUAUUAUACAUAUUUUAUCAUAGGUAUCAUAGGUACACGUUCCAACUCUCUCUCUCUGUUUCUGUUCAACGUGCAUCUGCACGAGUGUAUAGAUAAUGUUUGAGAGUUAUUCUUCUUCUGUACAUAUAAUAUUAUAAUAGGUAGUCUGAAUAAUAUAGGUACCUAUAUGUAAUAGCCAAAUACCACUGACUCGUCACUGUAUCUCUAGAACGACUGGGUCUAAAAACUUGAAAUUUUGGUUUAUUUAUAUCUUUGAUACCACGAAAGAAGUUAUUGAAUCAAUUUUUUGCAUUUUAUAUAUAUAUAUAUAAUUUCGUUUUAUGGUUUUUGUUCACCUUUAUUUUUUUUUAUCUAAAUGGCAAGGUGUACAUAUUUUCAAAAUUAGCGAUGUAUAUAUUAUUUAAAAAUGUAAUUUCAUUAUAUUGAAAACUAUAGAAAAUAUUUUAUAAUAAUAUUUAAAGAAAUGCAAUAAGAAGAGACUUUUGGAAAUUCGACCCUUUAAAAAGGACGAAGAAUUUUUUUUAUACACGAAUAUUUUGUCGGACAGAAAAUUUGGAUGAAUAAACAGGCAAUUAUCAGAUAAAAAUCGUGGAGACAAUUGAAUUUUAUUUUAUAAAUUUUUGUCGGUUGUUCAAGAUAAGGAUAGUUAAACGGUCUAAAAAUAUAUUGUCAUUUAAAUGCUCACAAUAUCGUCUAGUAUAUUAUAAGAAUAUACUUUUAAUCCCAGGGAAGAAGAGCUUAAGUCAAAGUCAAUCAUGUCAUACUUUUCAAUACAAGCAAAUUACUAUUUGGCAUAAUGAAAUAAUUACUUAAUUAAGCCAUUUAGUUAUGGCUAAUUUACCUAAUAUCCAAAAUCUAUCCUAAAUGCAGGCAUUCUAAAUGUCAAGUCAAAUUAUUAUAUGACUUACACCUUUUUUGCUAAGCAAAAAGUGCAUCAUAGUGACUUUGGACAUAUUCAUUUUUUAGUGUAACAUAAAUUAGAAUAUAUAUGUAUACACAUUUAUACUAAUUAGAAUAAAAAGUAAAGUGAAAAAAAAAUUCACGAGAAGAAAUUAUAAAACAAAAAGAAGUGUUAAAAAUUCACUUAAGUCUUUCAUCUCUAGGACCAAAAAUGUAAGUGCCAUGUUCGUGUUUAUAGAACCAGUAUUUAAUUUCGAUAAUAUAAGAUAAAUAAAAAGAAAAAAAAAAAUUAAAACAGAAACAAGAAAAACGUUCGCAGAGUUAUGGUCGGGCCUAUACAGUGUAAGUGGUUAUUAUUACACGAACGUGUGUGCAAACCGUAAAUUAGUUACGGAGUACACUUCCAGUACGUCGUCGUUUGUUACAUAAAAUUAUAUUUUACUGUAGGUGAAAAUAUUAAAAAGUUUAAUAACGAGUUUUUUUUAUUUUUUUUAAAUUUGAACAUAAACGUACUGAAUUAUUAUUAUUAUUCGUUCGUUCCUAUGUUGUAGUCAUUUGGAUAGGAAAACGCAGCUAUAUUGACGACAUAAAACUGCGUAAGUCGAAAUGUUGUUUUUUUUUUUCGUCAAAUUUUUAAGUCUGCCACAGUUUUCGCUUGUCCUGCGAAAUUAUUUGAAAUCGUCUAUGAAAUUUUACCAGGUAGCCAACGAUAUUUAUAACGGUUUUAACCGAGUCAUAGGUAUAUUUCGUUUUCAUUCACGUGUUCACGCAUGAAUAACAUUUUUAUAAAACAACCUUGAAUGGACCGCAAAACAAAUAUACGAUAAAAUUAAAUGUAUUUUUAAUUAAAAUUAAACAAUAAAUUAUAAAAAUAACGGUAUUGGCUAAUUACAUAUUUAGGAAUUUUUCAUUAGGGAGGGGGGGGGGGGGUAAAAUACAUUUCCAAAGGAAGAACCAUUAGAAGCAACCCCAACCAUCAAUAUCCCCCACAAUAUAAACACAUAAUAAUAGGUAUUCAAAAAAAACUAUGUUGAGGUCUAUAAUUAUGACAGAUUUAAGAUAAUCAUAGGUAUAAUCUUUUUAUUCUCCUUCGCCUUUAUCCCAACUGUGUGGGGUCGGUUACCUUCUUCCUAAACGUCCACUUGAUCCUAUUUUCCACAUCAUUCUCUGCAAACGCACCAUCUGUCUUCAUGUCUUUCUCAAUCACAUCCAAUCACCUCUUUUUCGGUUUUCUUCUUCGCCUUUUUCCUCCUACGUUUAUUUUCCAAAAUUCGUUACUAAUGGUAUAAAUCCAUGGAAAAAUUCAGUUAUCAAAAACUAAAAUAAAUAUCUUCAAGUUUUAUAUUUUUCAAGGAGCGUGGUAUAAUGUAAUAUUCGGAAAAAUCUCAAAAAAAUAACCGGAUUUCGGGCAUAAUUUGGUGCGGAAAAUUGUCGAAAAUCCUAAUGGUACUUUCAGAAUUUUUUUACUCGUGUCCUAUUUAUAUAUAACUAUAGGUACCGGACGUACCUAUAGUUUUUCAUAACUGUAAAUCAAGGGAUAUUUUCUGCUCGGCGAAUUUACUCAGGGCCACAAUUCAGAGUAUACAUGACUUCGUCUUUCUUAUAGUUUUGCUAGGCCUUCUAAAACGAUCGUCAUUUGUAACCGAUUUUUUAACGUUUGUGCGUUCUCGGAUUGAUUGCAGACACUUAAUAUAAUAAUACAUACAACUGCUGUGCACUGAUACGACUUCGCGAUGAGUGGCAUUUGCAAUUGUCCGGUAACCCAGCCGGGUCCGACGUUGGCCAGCACGUGCGGCGGGUCGGCGUACAUGCUGUUCAUGGGCUUGUUGGAGGUGUUCAUCAGAUCACAGUGCGACAUCGAAGACCCGUGCGGCCGCCCGGUGUCUAGGGCGUUGCCGGACAGGGAAUACGAUUUCAUUGUCGUAGGCGGCGGUACGGCGGGCAGCGUAGUCGCCAGCAGACUUAGCGAGGUGAGCGAAACACAUAGUAAUAAUAAAAGUAUUCAUUAAUUCGUAUAUCGUGUUGUACGUUAUCACUCACGCUUACGAAAUAAUUAUCUUUCGUAACCGCCCGUCGACUGUAUGAUCCUUAACGUAAAACGCUCAUUUAAUUGGUAUGAUCAUAUUCGGAAUUGUUGGGUCCCUGAAAACCUUAUCAAUUUUUCUUAAAUGUGAAAAUUCGCAACGAAACUUACUCUUACAAAUAAUAAAUUUGCACGUAGGACUUGAACUUGUUUUCCCCCCUAAAAUCAAAUGUUGUGGGAGCAGUGCACUUCCCGCGGUGUUUGUAUACAGUAGUACAAUUAUAUUUUUGUCGGUAUAAUAACUUUCUAAUGCUGAAUAGUUUAUUUUAGAAUCUUAACACAUCCAAUGGGGGGGGAGGUGAAACCACCUUAUCGCCAUAUAGCCCCUCUGGGCACGCCUCUGUGUGGUAGUCCACAAAUCAAACUCUGAGCAUAGCUUAAUCAUUCCAACUAAUUCACUCUGUCUCCUAUAUACAAAUAAUUACAAAAUACGAUUUUUACAACGAAGUCGUUUUUUUUUUUUUUUUUUUAACUCUAACAGUUAUUUAAUGUGUUUUAAAUUUGUCCUUGUUUUACUUAUUCGCCUGCUUUAGAUACCACAAUGGAAAGUGUUGUUGAUCGAAGCGGGUGGCAACGAACCUACAGGGACGCAAGUUCCGUCAAUGUUUCUCAAUUUUUUGGGCUCGUCGAUCGAUUGGAGUUUCAACACGGAACCCGAAGACCAGGCUUGCCUAAGUAGUCCGGAGAGACGAUGCAACUGGCCCAGAGGAAAGGUAAUUUUGACUUUGUAUAAUAUUAUGUAUUCGUAUACUGUUCAAGAAAUGUUGCUAACAAAUAGGUAUUAUUAUGAAUCAAUAUAGAAUAUGGUUUUUGUUCGGAAAUCUCGAAUUACAAAAAUAAUAACUAAGGGGUCUGCGUGCCACCAAUUUUUCUUAAAAACAUGAUUUCUUGAUUUAAAAAAAAAAAAUAUGCGCCUCGAAAACUGGUUAGAUUUCAAUUAUUUUGUUUUGUCACGAAAAUAAAAAUUAUUUAUAGCAUUUAGCGUAUUGAAAUUGCACUUUAAAAAUAUUAUUUAAUCGCUAUAAUCGAAGUUUAAAUUUUCACAAUUAUUAGGUUUUUUUUUUUUGGCUAUUAAACUGUAGGAACUAGGAAGUUGACAAAAGAAAGAAAGACAUGUUUUUUGUUAUAAAACUGUAGGAAGCUGACAACUUCUUAAUAACAGAAAACAAAACUAAUCGAAAUCGAAUUGCUUUACGAAGUGUGAUAAUUUUUCCAUAUAAUUAUCACGCUCAACCACUUUAUAUCAAAAUUAAGACCUACUGAACUACGAUUUGUUAAGACAUGUAAAUGUUAACAAUUUAUAAAAAAAAAAAAAAGCUACGAGCAGGAUCAUGGAGAAAUUUAAAAAAAAAAACAAUGACCUAUUUUUAAAGGUUAAAACUGAGGUGUAUAUUAUACUGCAGUGGAUAUUCUCUGUGCAGAAAUAAUAAUAAUUAGCCGGUGUACGGUUAAAGAACAAAACGCUAACGAAUUAUAUAAGAAAGUACCUGUAUUAUAUUUUAUAUGUUUUUAACGAGAAAUUGUUUCAACACACACUAUACCUACCGACCCGUUAAAAUAUUAUAAGGUCAACAGUGUAUUAUAUAUACCUAGUUUUCUUCCUGUCGACCGCGAUUACGUAAUCAAUCUAUUUUUUAGUUUUAUUUUUAACAAAUACGGUCGACGUGCAAUGUAAUAUUAGUAUCGCACAAUUAAAAACAUAUAAAUGGUUUAAACGAACAAAUGAAUCUGUAAAUGUGUACAGAUCGAUAUUAGUGUUUAUACCUGUAAUAUAUGUAAUUUAUUAAUUCGAAUUAGAUAUUAUAUGUUCAUAUUUUUUUUACUCAAAAUGUCGUUUACCGAGAGUAUUUUCUGCGACGACGUACCAAUACGUACAGAUAACUUGCCCCCACCUCCUCCCCCUCAUUUAAAUACACCAGUCAAGUUUUUAUCUUAAAUUCAAAUGGCUGAAUGGACUGCUCCGUACACUACCGGCUACAGGUGGUCUAAUUCCGGAAAUAAAUAUCAACAGUUUUAAAUUACGAGAAUUUCCGCGGCACGGUAAUGAUGAUGAUAGUUAAAAAUGUUCAUUACACUGUCCAUUAUUUUGUUCGUUUGUCUAAUAACGAGUCAGAAAAAAAAAACGAUAUCGCCUGUUGUCCGUAUUAUAGAGACUUAUAUUCACCCAAAUAAAUUACUACAGUUCCGAUUGAUAGAUAAGGAAGUACGGUGACGGGUCAAAUUUAGUCGAUGAUUAUUUGUUUUGUCUUUUGUACACUACGGCGGAUUUAAAUUUGUUCAUUUUAUAUGGUUACUUAGGUACCUAUAAAUUGUAACAUUAAAUAUCGUUAUGUAUCCGUACAUCCGUCACGUCUUUUCACGUCUUUGUUUGGUACUUACAAUUAUCGCAACAUCGUUGUCGAUUUGAUAUUACACAAAUCUUCGUGACUUAGUCGAUCAAUUUUAUUCAAAUUCGAUGAUAAUUUUUGUAAUUGAUUUUAAAAGAGCUUAUUCGAAUGCUUAUAAUAUAUUAACAUAUUCUUUUUUCGUGAGUUCACAUAUUCGAAUAUCAGACGUCCGCAUAAAUAAUACAUUACGAUUUCGUUUUCGUUCUAAAAGAAUAAUGUUUGUUAAAAAUACAAGUAUUUAUGCGUUAAAACUAUAUGAAGGUUAAACAAAUUUUGCAUUUUAUAUUAUAUAUCAUUAUUAGCUAUAAUAUUUGUAAUUGAAAUGUAAAAUAGGUACCGUUUUUUAUCUCGUUUUUAAAUGUUCGUUAGAAUCGUGUCGUUCAAAAAAAAAAAAAACGGAUUUUCAUGAGUGUUAUGUAAUAAUAAUAUACAUUUAAAAUCCUUGAAUUUUACAGCUUUUUUUUUUUUUUUUGAUCAAUAUUCCUAUAAAUUAAUUAAUGGGCAAGAUAUUAUAUCAUUAUAACCUUCGUCUAAACGCAAUAUUUGUUUAUGUGUACCUACCUAUAAUUUUAAAAUUUCUAUACUUACAAAGUACGAUUACGAAUACGUUCGAUGCGAGUAUAUGGUAAGUCACGAUAUUAUUGGUUUAUUAUUAUUAUUAUUAUUAAAACAUUCAGGUCAAAACAUUUUAAUAAUUUGUAUAUUAUAUCCAUUAAAAUUUCCAAACUAAGAUCAUCGGGCCAUAAACCAUCCGUGGUUGUGGUUUCUAUUUAGAAAAUAUUUAGGAACUCUUUUUUUUUUCUUUUUCUUUUUAAUCACUGCGUGUUUUAUGAUGAAAAUUAUUUGAUAUUGUUGUAUAUACUAUAUAGUCUAUAUAGGAGGUAUACCUACUGAAUGAAUAUUAUAAACCAUAUUUUUUUAAUAAGCAUAUGCAUUUGGCGCGACAGACUAGAAACAAUAUAUUGUGAUCGAAAUCAAUCGAUUUAAACAUUGAGGUUUUUUUAUUUUUUUAAAUAUAUUUGUUCAUGUCACAUCCAUUCGGUGAAAAUGUCCAAAUUUGUGAAAUUUCUAUACAAUUAAUUUCGGUUAAUUCAUAUUUAUUUACCCAGUUAAUUGUUAAACUUUUAUAGAACACCAGUGUUGAAUUCCAAUAAAUAAAUAAGACCAUCGACAAAUGUGUGAUAAAAGUAAAAUAUUGUAAUAAUUUAUUAGUAACAAUUACUAAACAAUCAAUAAAACCAAAAUAAUGUUGUGAAAAAAAUCAUGUCGAAUUUAUUCUAUUUUACGAAAACAUUCAUGAUAUUUUCACAAAUUGCAUAAAAUAUAAAAAUCAAUAUUCUUUUCAUAAAACGAAUAACAUUUCGGUAAAAAAUCAUUUUUCUAAUUGAUUUUCCGGUCGGUCUUAAAAAUUGUGUCCAAACAGUUCAAAAUAAUAACUUUUUGCUGGUACUUAUUUAGUACAGUAUAAUUACUAAUCAAAACCUACGUCCGUUUAAAGGUUUAAAAAAAAACACAAAUUCAUAUACAAUAUAAUGUCUGCUGACGUAUAUUUGAAAAAAGUGAAUAAAAUGAUAUACAUUGUAAAUACCUUUUGAUCUAUGCAUAAUCAUUCUUUUAUCAUCAUGAUCCAUUGCCAUAAUUAUGAACGAAUUAUUUUCCUUCCUUACUCCCUCGAUAAAAUUCAAAAUUGCAAUAACUCGAAAACGAUAAAUUGAAAUUGUUUGAAAAAAUAUUAUUUUUUUGUAUCCUUGUUGAAAAGGAGAGUUGCCAUUUAAAAAUCAAAAGUUGAUACUUUUUUAAGUUAUAAGGAAUAAGGGUAAAAAUUAGAAAACUGUACCAAACUAAAACCUUUAAACAAUUCUAUAGGUAUAACAGCAAUGGAUGAAAAAAACGGAAAUCAAAUUUACUUAAAAUCUUCCGAAAAAAACGGUAGAACAAGAUAAUAAAAGAAUCACCGUAUAUAAUAUUAUAAUAUAUUUUCGUUUGUUUAAUUAAAUACACACGUAUUUUAAUUGCUAACGAAUUUACUACCUACACGAUAAUUAAUUAUAUCGUGUACUUAUGCAAAUAUUGUAGGUGUUAUUAAAAAACAGUCCAUAUUAUAAUAUUAUAUCACCUAUAAUGUUAUUUUAAUUAGGUAGGUAUAAGUACCGUUAAAUUAUAUUCUACCUAUUUUAAAUAACAAAAACAUUUGUGAACCUGUAUAUAAUAUUAUAAUUCUCCGUCAGUCCAUUGACCAUUAUGGUAAUUUUAUUUUUAUUGUGGCAAAGUCGCGUCGAUAGCCUGAUUGCGUUUUUGUAAACGGAAAUGAUUAACUAGAUACACGAAACGCUAAAAAAAAAAUCAUUUAACUGUAAACAAACAAAUUAACCCCCGUUAAAAAUUAACACUAGGAUGAUAAAUUAUUAAAAAAAACUCCCUACGAAUUUAAAUACAACGCUUCAUUACUUAUUGAUCUUAUUGUACUUUUAUAUUUUGUUCUGUUAGUUUGUCCAUCUAUUAGUUGCAGUGUUCUAGCGUAACGGAAACAAAUUUUUGAGAGUGGGAUUUUGGAAUUGCUUCCGCAUCACUGCAUGCAGUUCAGUCAAGUUCGAAGAUGCGUGCAAACCAAACCUAACCUAACCUAACAUGUUACAGUUAGCGUAUACACUUACGACAAAUCGUCUUUCGUAAAAUUUUUCAGACUAUGAGCGCAAAGAUGCGUGUGGUUUGUAAACUGUAUUUGUUCUAUCUGUGAAAAACUUUUCUAACCGAAAUUUUCCUCCGAACUUCAAUGGUAACAUCUGAAAGCAAUUAGUUUCGUGUGCAUUAGGAAGUUUUUCGUUUUUCAGUAGGUACCUACAUUAAAAUACGUGGUACUUAGAGGCGGCGUACGAAACAUUAAUCGAAAUUUUCAACAGGUACACUCUAUUAUAACCGACCCUUUUUUUUUUUUUUUUUUUUUUGUUGAUUUCCGGGUUACAAGGGAAAAAUCAACGGCUAAUUAUUAUUCUCCACUCGAAAUUGUUUUUCGUUUAAAAUGACUUAUCAUUGCACAUACAUGUAAAUAAACUUUAUCGCCUACACUAUAUAUAUAUAUAUAUAUCGUUAUACACCUUGCAAACUUCCCGCCCACAACGGUGGCCAACCCAUUAAAUCGUUUUCCAAUGUUAUUGAUGAUGAAAUUAACGUUUAUAAACGUGAAAUCUCUAGUUCGAAAAAGACCGAUCGGUAAAAUUCAAUUUAGAAAACAGUAAUCAAUAGCGUUAUUUCUAUCAACUGCGAGCGAGAUAAACAUCAGUUCAUUAACGAAUGGAUAGUAAAUCAUCGUUGCAUGCCUCUACGGUGACGUCCGACAGAACUGCAGUUGUACAUUGGAGUGUUUAUAAGUAUAUAAUAAUGUGUACCGCACACACAAUAUACUAUACGAAACACAUUGUUGGACUACCUUGGUAUUAUAAAAGUGUGUAGAUAGUUACAAAAAAUAUCUAUUAGCUUAACCGUAGGAAGAAAAAUAACUAAUAAUUGGAUUUGACCGAGUGGUUUUUUCCCUUCUAUUAUAUUUACAAUAUAGUUAUUGGUACUGCGCAACAGGUAGGUUCGAUUUGCAUUAUCUUCCGUUUCUUCCGUUAUUUCGCCCACACACUGCGGCUGUACGCAAAAAAAAAAAAAAAAAAAAAACGUUACCGCUAUAAUAUAGAUGUACGUACUGGCCGGGACUAAAAAAAAUCAAUUUAAAUUUGCCGUCCGCACGUUUUACAUCACAACAACAACAACAGUAUGUCUCCGAAUCGGUAUUACAAUAAAAAUAUAUACGUAUAUGUGUUUAGGUACCGUUACGAAUCCGACGCAGUCGUUUAUGAAUCCGUUUUUCGAAUCUUAACUUUCCAUCGAGACGACUUUCCAUCGUAUAUAUAAUAAUAUUAUACAUUAAGCUUCUUAAUAGUUUUCCGUCUCCGCGGGUCUAUUGUACACCCGAUAGCCGUCGUACAGGUUCAUUAUAAAAAAGAAAAAAUUACCCGCUCCGGGUGGAUGUAUAUGUAGUUAGUUGCGUACCUACGUCAUUGCCCGUGUAGUUCAUUAAUCCUUGUCCGAAAACGACGGCGACAGUGUGUCGUAUAUAUUAUUAUAACGUCAUAAUAUUAUAUAUACAUUAUUAUAAAAAUGGCCGAGAAAGCCUUAUUCUAUGAGGUAUAAGUGUUUCGGUCAAUAUGAUAUUACGUUUGCAGUUAUUCAUUAUGCUGUUGGUAAAUAUCGGUGACGGCGGUCGUUUUGUCUCGAAUUUUCGAAAGGGACGGUAUAAUAAAAUAUUACGAAAGCGACGAGUUAUUUUUUUUUCUCUCAAUGAAGUCUCAACGCUGUCUAAAUAUUGUUUCAGAAAAAAAAAAAAAAUAAUAAUAAUAAUAAUAAAAUAAAAUCACCAAAAUAACAUCCACAGUUAUUUUGCUUUCGCACACAUUUGACUGUACCACACACAAAAAGUGUUUCGUUCCGGGAGGAGGGCAAAUCUUACGUCUUCCCCUAGCAUUGUUUAGCACACGCUGGUCAUUUCCCAACGAUUCUUCUUUCUCGCAUUCGUUUUUCCGCCUGUCCUCCACACGCGAUCAAACCAUUCUGAACUUUUACCACAGAUACUGAGCACCCAUUUAUGUAUACCGGUUUGAACACGUCUGCCGGCGCGUAAUGUUUCGCUGGUUCGCGUGUACACAUUGCCUGUAUGCUCGUAAAUACAACAAUUGCGCAUUUAUGUAAAUGUGUUCAUAAUUAAUAAUAUCGUGUUUACAUGGACAAUAAAACUGCAACGGCGUCGGACGGUCGCGCUGUUUUUUUUUGUUUUUUUUUUUUUUUUACGAUUCUCGGCGAGAUCAUCCGGUCCGUGUUCGUUCGGUAGUUCCAUAUUACACACACGUGUAUUCUAUUAUGCGGGCCCGACAAUGGACAUGCGCCGGUAUCGGUGUUACGUGAUAAUAGUGACGAAAAUACAAAAUUGACUGUUCGCGCGCACAAUAUGAACGCGGAUAGUAUCCAACGUAUAGUAAAUGCUAUUUAUAAUUAUUUACGCGCAACAUAAUAAAACAUAGGCAAGCGCCAUUAGAAUUGAGCAACCGGACAAACGAAAACGAGCGGUUUACCCGCGAUUAAAAAUCGAUCUGCUAUUAUUUACUCGUGCGAAAAACGGGUUAUUGACUCUGAUCGCGGCGACAACAACAAUAAUAACAUUACAUACCGUACUCGUGUAUGUAUUGGUACAUUGCCGGCGAUAUGGAAAUGUGGCCCGGACAAAAUGGUAGACAAAGGCCGUUUUAACGGGGUGAAAAAAUGUGUGACGGUGUAGUUCCGACGAGAAACACAGAAAUAGGUACUCGCUACUCUUUCUCUCUGUCCAAACCUGUAAGUGGAAUAUCUCGUCAACGCGUUGGCGAGAAUCAAAAAUAUCAGCGUCAAAAUGGAUUCAAAGUAAUUUGAACGUAAUCCCCGAAAAUAAGGACGACAAAAAAUAAUGGUACUGUAACAUUUUAACGCUAUAAAGGUACUUGUUUCUUAAGUUCAAAAAAAAAAAAAACAAAUACGAACCAAUUUUAUGCUUUCCGAGAUAUCGAAACGAUAAUAUCUUCGUGGGACACUCUGUAUAUAAAUACUUGUACUUAUGAAAAAAACUAUGCAAUGAGGUACAUACACUGAAUAUCGUUUUUUGAACUUGUCAAAUUAUAUAAUUAUUGUUUAAUAAAUGUGUAAGUAUAUGUAUGUGGAAAAACAAUUUAUUUUUAUGGAUGACACGUUUUCGAAUUUUCGUUAUGGGCGUUUUAAUAAUAUUAUAAAUAUUAGGAAGACAGACCUAAUUUUCAACCAAGCUAAUAAUAUUAUCUGUCCUAAACCUGCAAGCGAGAAGGAAAAUCGUCAAACAAUUUGUUUCAAACAUUUGUUGAACCAAGAGCCGUUCGAACACAAUCUAUUUUUGAUUCGCGUACAGUUCGAACAUUUAAUUCAGAUACAACGCGCAAUUCGACCAUCCCGAUUAUAACCGCAUUGACUGGAGACGCAUCAAACUCGAGACGUUCUCCGCGGUGGCAUUUUUCUAGUUUUUUUUUUUUUUUCUUUUUUGCCGUGCUUAUAAUACACCUCCGUUCCGGUAAUGCGUACCGUAGUAUAAGAGUAGUAAGGUCGUCGAUACAGUGAUUUCGCACGCAGACUUGACACCGGUGCCCAGUCCACGACUCCAGUCGGCGAUAUACCGCAGCCGUGACAUUUAUUAUGCAAACGUCACGUCGACCUUCGUUCCCCAUAUAGCUGAAUUUAUGUUAAUUAUGCAUUUUUUUUUCUCUCUGUUUGUAUGUUAAAGAUUUCGAGUUUCAAAAAAAAAAAAAAAGAAAUGUAUAACUGUGCAAAUCUCUAUAUAUCAUGGGUAGCGCACUUUAAUCGUACGUACCCACGUAUAAUAUAAACGUAACGUGUGUACAUACAUUAUUCUAUUAAUCUCAUUGUUUUAAAUUUACUGUAAAUUUUAAAUUCACUGUACAAAAUACUUCGACUAAUCGGUUAUAAUAAUCAUAUCUUAGAGCGUUACUAUUAAUUCGAGUAGGUAAUUUUAUUUUAUUUUUUUCAAUUUAUGAAAAUGUCACUUUAGUUUUAAUUCACUACCUACUUUAAUUUAAAAUUAAAAUAAAGUAGUAAUUAAAAUUAAUUUAAGAUUAAAUAAAAUCGAUGUAUUUUUUUUUAUAAAUAAAUCAAAAUAAAUAUUUUCAAAUAAAUUUGAUUGAUUUUGUUUUUGGUUUUUAAAAAUAUAAAAUUCUAAAUUAAAAAAACUGGGUUGUGAUAAGUAAAAUUAAACAAAACAUGAAAUUCAGGUAGACCCUUCUAAGAAAUGGGGAAUCGAAAAGAUUCGGGCUUUUUUUUUUAUGUAAUUCGGAUGCAGUACGGAAAGCAUCUCUGAAAGAAAGUCCAAUGAAUGACGAGUUUACAAACAUAUGUAUAAUAUUAAUUAAUUCUAAAAAUAAUCACAAUUUUUAAAACACACAGUAUUAUACAACCUAUAAAAAAUUACAAGUCCUAACCUAAUAUUUUAUUUCGCAAUUUGUUUUAAAUUGUCACUAUAAUGAUUAUUAUACGCGAGCAUAUCUCCAGAUGCCUAAUUGACAAAUUGUCACCUUGACAACCUAAAUUAGUCUCGCAUUUUGAUCAUGAUUUUUUUUUUUUUUUCAUUAUUUAUGUAAACAAUGUGAAUAAAUUUUAACGAACGUUUUAUAUUGUGCAUGUGCAUAUGGCUGCAAUUUUAUUUCGCUUUAUGAACCACAAUUUUUUUUGAAUAUAAUAUAUUUAGCAUCUAUAAUUAUAAAAAUUAUCGAAUUUAAAAAAUGACUAACAUUACUGAUAGAUGUGCCAGUGUUUAAGAAGGAAAACUUUCCAUUAUCGCCAAGGUGACUCAGAAAUCAACAAAAAUUAUUUAAAAAAAUGUUAGUUUUAGAUUCUGACUGGAACGUGGAAUGUAGUGUUUUUACAAUGUUUGUUAUUAUUAUUAUUUUUUUUUAUCUGUGAACAACUUUUCUACCAGUAAUUUUGCCCCGAUUUACAAUGAUAGCACUUUUUCUGAAAGGAAAUCUGCCUGGGAUGGUACUUUAAAUUGGUAAUAUUUUUAUUUUCCCAGAAGUUUUUCCAAUAAAUUGGAAAAAACCGAGAGAAAACACGGGAAACCGGAAAAAUAAGUACAAUAUCAAAUAAAUAUUAUUAAAGAAAAUAUACAAUGCAUAAGUAAUUAUUUUACCAUAAUAUGACAUAUAUAUUAUUGACAAAUCGACACCUAUCAACCGAACUCCGCUCAGAAUCGUUUUUUCGUCGGCGACGGUUAAUCAUUUCGUACAGAAAUACAUUAUAUUUCUCGUCUACUCCUUACCAACUUCUCACCUACAACAGUGGCCCACUCACAUGCAAAGUAUAUCCGUCUUUUUCUUAAUUAUUGAGAAAACUAUAAGAAAAUUUUUAACCUCCUUAGUACAUAAACUAGAUUGAAAAUUCUACAAGAAAGUCUCUAAAAAGUUUUUUACUGUAGUAAGAUUUCUAGUGGAAAAGUUGUUUACAGGCACAAAAAAAAAACACACAAUAUCCUUGUGAAACCAAUAACCUCGCUUCGCUCAGAAUUUUAAAAUUAAUUAAUAAAAGCUACCAGUACAUUAUAAUAUGUAGGCAUGUCUAGUUAAAAAAUUUAACGGUGUAUAUUAUAAUUAUUACUGUACAGUCGCGAUUCGAGUUUUUUUUUUUUUUUUUUUUAUUGCAAACCUAGUCGAUGAUGUCAUAAAAUGUCGAACAAUUAUACUGUCAGACUCUAGACAAAUAAUAUAUCUAUUAUUAAAUAUAUUAUCUUACGGUAUUCGUUGUACCAUAUAGUUCAUAGUAUACCAUAUAAUAUCCAAUCAAGAUUAUGAAAGUGUUUAUACAUACAGGUAUAAUUAUACUUUUUUAGCAGUAUUUUUUGCGUACGUGUACGUUAAAUCCUAAUAAAUACCUAUGCAUAGGUAAUAUACAGCUAUAAAUCGUAUUAUUAUUGUAUGUGCAAUAGUAAUAAGGUUAGUAUUACACUGUUGGGCGAAAUUUCCGUAGCCAACGAGAACGAACUGAUCGAUGGAAGCGAAUUUAACGUCAGUAGGUUCCUACAGGGUGAGAGAUGAAACACUUCAUCUUUGCACAAGUUGUAGUUAUCAUUGCGCAGACUCAAAAACGUCUUCCGGUACUACGUAGAACAGCUCUUUUUUUUUUUCUUCAUAUUUUUCUUACAUUGGUACGUAAACAUUUAUUAGAUCUACAUCCGUGGUGUAUCAGUUAUUAAGGUUAUGGUAAAUAUGGUAAAUAUUCUCAGGUCGAUAUCCUUAAAUUCUCUUACUGUACGUAUAAUAGAUUCAUGUAUACUGAAAAUCCAGUUCCGAAUUGUUGAUUACAAUUAUUUAUAGAGCCUCCCGUUCGAUUUUUUUCUCAUUAUAGUUUUGCGUUUUUUGCUCUUUUCCGGAUAAAUAUGUCCUGUACAUGACACUGGGGCUCGGAUUUAAUGUAGCAUUUGUUAAUUAUUGUAGGAUGAAGAUAAAAACGGCACCGGUCUUGGGGCGGCCCUGACUGCAAUUACAGACAUUUCUUUGUAAUGGGUAUUUAGUACGUGUCCCCGUCGUACACUUGAUCGAUUCGGUGAUUUUUUUUAUACACCCCAAAACCUGUCCGAAAAUUCACUGCGCCGGUUUACCGUCGCGAUCGCGCUGUUAUGAUGCAUGGAAAUCACACACUCGACACGAUUUCAUAAUACGUAUGACCGUUUUACAUUGUAGGUGUUGGGCGGCACGAGCGUGAUGAACGGUAUGAUGUACAUGCGAGGCAGCAGACACGAUUUCGACAACUGGGCCAAGCUGGGCAAUCCCGGCUGGAGCUACCAAGACGUGUUGCCGUACUUUUUGAAAUCCGAAGACAACCAACAGGCCACCGUGAUGGACGCCGGUUACCACGCGGUCGGCGGCCCGUUGCCCGUAUCGCAGUUCCCGUACCACCCACCGCUGUCGCACGCGAUUCUCCAGGCCGGACUCGAGUUGGGGUAUCAAGUGAGAGAUCUAAACGGCGCGCUGCACACGGGAUUCGCCAUCGCGCAGACCACGUCCAAAAACGGUUCGCGGUUCAGCGCAUCCCGGGCGUUCUUGCGUCCGGCCAAAAGCAGGCCCAAUCUGCAUUUCAUGUUGAACGCCACGGUCACCAAAGUGCUCAUUGACCCGAAAAAAAAGACGGCGUACGGCGUCGAGGUGUUCAGAGACGGACAGACCGACCGCCUUUUGGCCAGAAACGAGGUGAUCGUGUCCGGCGGCGCGGUCAAUUCGCCGCAAAUACUCUUGUUGUCCGGCGUCGGUCCCAAAGAAGACCUCAAGAAGGUGAACGUGCCACUGGUGCACGAUUUGCCGGGCGUGGGUCGCAAUCUCCACAAUCACGUAGCGUUCUUCGUGAACUUCAACAUCAACGACUCGUCCACGACGGCCCUGAACUGGGCCACGGCCAUGGAAUACUUGUUGUUCAGGGACGGUCUGAUGUCGGGCACCGGCAUAUCCGAAGUGACGGCCAUACUUCCGUCGAAAUUCGCCAAUCCCAUGGACGACAACCCGGACUUGCAGUUCUUCUUCGGCGGAUAUCUGGCCAACUGCGCGAAAACCGGACAAGUGGGCGAAAAAGAAAACGAGAACGGCAAACGGUCGAUUAACAUCAUACCGGCCGUGUUGCACCCCAAGAGCCGCGGGCAGUUGAAACUGAAAUCGUCCAAUCCGCUGGACCACCCGGCCAUUUUCGCCAAGUACCUGACGCAUCCCGACGACGUGGCCGCGCUGAUAGACGGCGUGAAAAUCGCCAUCCGGAUGUCGGAGACGGUGGCGCUGCAGAAGUACGGCAUCGAGCUGGACCGGACCCCGACCAUGGGUUGCGAGGACAUCGAGUUCGGCUGCGACGCGUACUGGGAAUGCGCCAUACGGCGAAACACCGGGGCGGAAAACCACCAGGCCGGCAGCUGCCGGAUGGGACCGCCCGGCGACCCGGGCGCGGUCGUCGACGCCGAGCUAAAGGUGCACGGCGUCGACAGGCUCAGGGUGGUGGACGCUUCGGUGAUGCCACUGGUCACGUCGGGCAACACGGCGGUGCCGGUGAUCAUGAUCGCGGAGAAGGCGUCCGACAUGAUCAAGCGGCGGUGGGUCGGCCGCAAGCCGUGGAACAAGUGGUAAGCUCGGCGUUUCCGUUUCGCACACCGUCACUCACCGUCGUAUAUUUUUUUUCUGUUUUUUUUUUUCUUUUUUUUUUUUUCCUCCGCCACACGCCCACACAAUACACACAAGUGCCUACAACCCGUUCGAUUCUCGUGUCGCAACACGCACAAACUGUACAUAGUCACGGGCAGAAUGCAACGCAAUCGCGAACCGCUCUGCAAGCCCAAUAAUAAUAAUAAUAAUAAUAAUAACAAUAAUGAUAACGACAAACGGCAGCAACGAGAAUCGAUCCGAUCAAACGGACCGCCGCACACCGCAGUCGCCGGUUUAUUCGCACCACGAGCAUUGAUUUUCGUAUUUUUUUUUUUUUUUUUUUUUUUUUUGUAUUUCUCUCAACACGCCUAAUUUACGUAUUAAUACUACGAAGACUGUUAUUUUUUUUUACAGAACGCCGUCCGAAAACUGUACCGUGCGACCGAGACUCCGACCGUAAUAUUAUUAUUAUUAUUAUUAUUAUUAUUAUUAUUAUACGCCCACGCUCUAACCCUCACCGUGUAAGUCUAAGCGCGGACCGCGUACCGUAUGCAAAAACGUCGAUCACAGCGCGCGUCCGUUUUUAGGUUUUUUAUACGAUCGUAGCGCAUAAGCACACAAUAUGGACAACGCACGUAAUUAUUAUUAUUGUUAUUGUAAUUCUAUCGCCGUAAAAUUUUUAAGUAUGUGUUUAUUUUUUAUUUUUACUUUUUUUUUUUUCUUUAAUGCUGUCGAUACAUUUACAGUGGCGAACGGUAGUGACAAAUCGCACGCGUGAAAACGAACAAAAAAAAAAAAAAAAAAAAAAAAAAACGCGCGCCCGAUAAUAGGACCGUUCGAAACGCCGACAGUUGACGCGUACGCGUAGAGCCGGUACGGCAAAUCGUCACCACCGCGAGUAUCUCCCGACGCCGCGCGAAAUAAUGCGUUUUUUUUUUUGCGUUUGCUCGUGUCCCGCGCGUCGCAAUUUGCGGAUUUGCGGCGACCGCGACCACGGUGCAGCCGGCGGUAAGGCCGGAACCGCGCGCGGCGGACGAACGCCCCCGGGAACACCGGACACCGUUAGGUACGCGCGGAAACGAACACGCGGGCCGCGGCCCGGCGCCGUCGUUUCGGUUUUCGGAACGGAGGGGGGAGGGGAGGGGGAGGCGAACGAUUUUGACCCGUUGGUCCCGCGAUGUAACCGACAGAACAUACAUAAAUAUAUAAAAAAAAAAAAAAAAAAAAAACCGCUCGCUAAUAAUUCGCCCGUCGCGAAUUCCGCUUUCGCCUCAACACGGGUAACGCCCUUACCGCGUACUACAACAUUUCCGCACACGAUGCCGUCACACGCGUGACAAUGUGUGCGCGUCCGAGGGACAACAACGGGUCGCCUGACAAACGUACCCGUGUACGCGCAGAGGGCAUACCCCCUAAACGUGUUGCCCGUUGUUACCUACUACUACUGCACGGAGAUUCGGACUCGAGGCGAAUUUUCCCCGCGAUAUUUGUGUUCCGUCUGUGCCGCGACUGGCGCGGGGUAUAGAAAAUGCGUUUACGAAAACCAUAACCGCGUCGCCCGCGGACGUAGGCACGAGCACGGGAAAAAUUGAACGAGAACGGGCACCCUCCGGGAUUUCCGUUCGGAUUUUGUUUAAAACAAAAAAAAAAAAAAAAAAUAUAUCGCGUGCAAUUGAUCAACACUUAACACAAUAGUUGUCGUCGCGAAUAAAUCUUGACCAGAAAAAAACUGCGGUUCACGGUGCGGGCCGUACGCGACCGUAAAUCACGGAUUACGUUUGCAGGGGCCCGUGCCCCGAAACUAACGCGGAGGCCCGCCGACGACUAUGGUGGAAUGAGGGCGGGGGGGGAGGAGGGGAGUGUGUGCAAAUUCCUUCGCCGCUCCUCCCCGAAUGACGCCGUCGCAACGGGCCCGGGGAACGCGGCGCCCCGACCCCUAAAUGUCCGUCCCCGGACGAUAAACGAUUUUACGCCCGUGCCGUAAAUAACGACGGUCUUUCCCCCCCCCCCCCCCCCCCCGGUCGAACGGGCGGACCGCGUACCUGAUGGCCGCACGCAUUUUUACUCCACCGUCCGCCUGAUGCGCACGCCCAUCGCCCCGUAAUAUUAUUUAGAAAUCGCGAUUGCGUUUGCCCCGUCGGCCGUACAACAACAAGCGUAAUAAAAUAGAAUAGUAUUAAUUGUAGGAAGAAAACAAAAACAUCAUUAAUAUCGUAUGUUACGAAUAUAUGCCAUGACGAGAAAUUAGGGCCAUUAUUAUUUAUGUCUUUCGUUCAUUAAAGCGAUCCAAAAUGGACGCGAUUUCGCGUGUCGCGUGUACAAUGUAUUAAUAGAUUUUUAAACGUUAUUGUUAAGCAGAUGCGCGCACGUACGGCCGUGAUUUCUUUCGCCUCGCCCCGUCCAACGACCGUAAUUUCUUUCCCCUCGCCCCGUCCAACGUGCGUCGUGCGCGUCCUGCGAAUCCGCCCGUCUGCGCCGCCGUCGGUGCAAGUCAUUCGGCAGGCGACCAGCAACCGCGGUCUCGGUCGGGUCCGCAACUCGAACCCUAACGGCCGUUCAUUGUUUUUACGCGGUGUAAAAUACGUUGAAAUAAUAAUUUUCAUACGGGCGGGCGGACGUUUGCCGCGAUGCCGAUCGAAUUACGCGCCGUAGUUAAUUAUAAUUAUAAUAAUAAUAAUAAUAAUAAUAAUAAUAAUACAUUAGUACUUAAAUGAAGUCUACAGUGUCGUAAGUACGUUUAUUUACGUUUCGCGUUAUCGCCCCGACCAUCGUUUAGCAUAAUAUCAUAAUAUACCUGGGAGAGCAUUUUACCUAUAAGAACGUUUGUAUUCCGUAGUUUUAAUUGAAUGUAAGUACAUAAUGUAAUAAACGCGGUAUUGUUGUUCGUUCGUAAAAAUGGAAAAUGUAAAAAAAAAAAAAAAAAAAAAUCAAAAAUAUUGAUAAAAUUAAUCAUAGGUACACACAUAUCACUUGUAGCUUGUAAUUUUAUCUAUAAGUUUAAAUAUAAUAACGUAUCGUAACUAUGUAUUUACAUUAUAUGACAAUAUAAUAAAAUAAAAAAAUAUACCUGUUGUGUAAUUUUAUACGGCAACACCCUA